UGCAGUUCUCUGAAUCAGCACCCCAAAAAACCAAACUGAAUCUAAAGUUGACCAAAAACAGAUUCGUAAUCCAGUUGGUACUAAUAUUGGAGAGGGGUCCCUGCUCAAAAAAAGGUGACGAACCACUGAGCUAGAGAAUGGAUUGCGCUUUUGACCACAAAAAGAACAAUAUAUUUAGGAGCCUUGUUUUUGAAAAAUUCUAGGCAACUCUACAGAUUGCAGAGGUUUCAGAUCCCCAUUUCCCCUCCUUUUCCCUCUGCAGGUCUCCUGCAGGUCUCCUUGCCCUCCUCCGGGGCCUCUUCUGUGUGUGGCCAGGCAUCUUUGACCUUCAGGGCCCAAUCCCACAAUGCCAGGGGUCAAAGGGGAUGGUCGCAAGGGUCGGUGAAGCCAAAGGGUUUCAGAAGGCAAAGACAGGUAACCUCUGAAAGAACCUUCUGAAGAACACUUUGCCCUUUGUUUUAGGACUGAAAUGAAAGUACACAGCACUGACAACAAGAAGAAAUAAGUUGGAGAAAUUAUAUUUCAAGCUACAUAUCUGUGUAUUCAAGGAGGAAAGGAAGGAUUGUGCUGUAAGAAAGAGGGGCUUGCCAAAGAGGAAAGCAGACUACAAUAAUCGAUACAAAGACUCAGAAGAGGAAAACUUCACCUGUUCAGGAGUACAUAUCUCUGAACUUCUGGUAUAAUAUUUGAAUCAUAAAUGUAAAAGAAUGGAAAAUCUCAAUUCCUUGUCAAAAUCACACACAGGGGAGGAACUACAUAAUUGAAUGGACUGUGGGAAAUGCUUCAUUUGGAGGAGAUCCCUUAUAAACUUCAAUAAACUCACACAGGAGAGAAGGCACAUAAAUACAUGGAAUGUGGAAAGAGCUUCAGGAACAGAGCAAAUCUCCAUACCCAUCAAAGCACCCUCACAGGAGAGAAGCAACAUAAAUGCAUGGAGUGUGGAAAGAGCUUCAGUCAGAGUGUGAAUCUGCAUACUCAUCAAAGGACCCACACAGGGGAGAAGCCACAUAAAUGCAUGGAAUGUGGAAAAAGCUUCAGUCAGAGUGUGAAUCUGCAUACUCAUCAAAGGACCCACACAGGGGAGAAGCCACAUAAAUGCAUGGAAUGUGGAAAAAGCUUCAGUCAGAGUGGACAUCUGCAUACACAUCAAAGGACCCACACAGGGGAGAAACCACAUAAAUGCAUGGAAUGUGGAAAGAGCUUUAGUCACAGUGUGAGUCUGCGUUCCCAUCAAAGGAUCCACACUGGGGAGAAGCCACAUAAAUGAAUGGAAUGUGGAAAGAGCUUCCGUCAGAGUGGACAUCUGCGUACCCAUCAAAGGACCCACACAGGGGAGAAGCCACAUAAAUGCAUGGAAUGUGGAAAGAGCUUCAGUCAUAGUGUGAAUCUGCAUACUCAUCAAAGGACCCACACAGGGGAGAAGCCACAUAAAUGCAUGGAAUGUGGAAAGAGCUUCAGUCAGAGUGGACAUCUGCGUACCCAUCAAAGGACCCACACAGGGGAGAAGCCACAUAAAUGCAUGGAAUGUGAAAAGAGCUUCAGUCAUAGUGUGAAUCUGCAUACUCAUCAAAGGACCCACACAGGGGAGAAGCCACAUAAAUGCAUGGAAUGUGGAAAGAGCUUCAGUCAGAGUGGAGAUCUGCGUAUCCAUCAAAGGACUCACACAGGGGAGAAGCCACAUACAUGCAUGGAAUGUGGAAAGAGCUUCAGUCAGAGUGGACAUUUGCGUACACAUCAAAGGACCCACACACGGGAGAAGCCACAUACAUGCAUGCAAUGUGGAAAGAGCUUCAGUCAUAGUGUGAGUCUGCAUACUCAUCAAAGGACCCACACAGGGGAGAAGCCACAUAAAUGCAUGGAAUGUGGAAAGAGCUUCAGUCAGAGUGGACAUCUGCGUACCCAUCAAAGGACCCACACACGGGAGAAGCCACAUACAUGCAUGCAAUGUGGAAAGAGCUUCAGUCAUAGUGUGAGUCUGCAUACUCAUCAAAGGACCCACACAGGGGAGAAUCCACAUAAAUGCAUGGAAUGUGGAAAGAGCUUCAGUCAGAGUGGACAUCUGCGUACACAUCAAAGGACCCAUACAGGGGAGAAACCACAUAAAUGCAUGGAGUGUGGAAAGAGCUUCAGUGAGAGUGGAAAGCUGCAUCUCCAUCACAGAAUGCACACAGGGCAGAAGCCACAUAAAUGCAUGGAAUGUGGAAAGAGCUUCAGUCAGAGUGGAGAUCUCCAUAUCCAUCAAAGAAUGCACACAGGAGAGAGACCACAUAAAUGUGUGGAAUGUGGAAAGAGCUUCAGUCGGAGUGGGCCUCUCCGUAUCCAUCAAAGGAUGCACACAGGAGAGAAACCACAUACAUGCAUGGAAUGUGGAAAGAGCUUCAGUCAGAAUGGAGAUCUCCAUAUCCAUCAAAGAAUGCACACAGGAGAGAAGCCACAUACAUGCAUGCAAUGUGGAAAGAGCUUCAGUCGGAGUGUGAAUCUGCAUACUCAUCAAAGGACCCACACAGGGGAGAAGCCACAUACAUGCAUGGAAUGUGGAAAGAGCUUCAGUCAGAGUGGACAUCUGCGUACCCAUCAAAGGACCCACACACGGGAGAAGCCACACAAAUGCAUGGAAUGUGGAAAAAGCUUCAGUCAGAGUGGACAUCUGCGUACACAUCAAAGGACCCACACAGGGGAGAAGCCACAUAAAUGCAUGGAGUGUGGAAAGAGCUUCAGUGAGAGUGGAAAGCUGCGUCUCCAUCACAGAAUGCACACAGGGCAGAAGCCACAUAAAUGCUUGGAAUGUGGAAAGAGCUUCAGUCAGAGUGGACAUCUGCGUGUCCAUGAAAGGACCCACACAGGGGAGAAGCCACAUAAAUGCGUGGAAUGUGGAAAGAGCUUCAGUGAGAGUGUAAAGCUGUGUCUCCGUCACAGGAAGCACAUAGGGGAGGAGCCACAUAACUGAAUGGACUGUGGAAAGAGCUGCACACAAGGUUCAGCCUUCAUUACACAUCAAAGAACGCGCACACAGCUAGAGUACCCCUUCCUGUAUGUUUCCUAUUUCUCCUAACAAAUUUCCCCACUUAAGGGUCCCAGACAGAAAAAAAGAGAGAAUGGACAGAAAAAUGAAGGUUGCCACCUUGAUCUGUAUCUGUCGUGUACAGCAGUUUCUGGCGUCUGGCUUAACUGAUUCUGGGGGCAGGUCUCUCACAGGGGAGGACUUAUCUCAGUAUUGCAGCCAGCUUGGAAGGGGUUAACAUGGCCUUUUCCUCCUCAAGAAAAGCAUUGCAGGCUUCUGAGAUGAUCUGUGAAGGCUUUCUGAAAUGAGCAGCAGCUGAGCUCUCAAGAGAAAAACUCUGUAUAUCCAUCAAAGGACCCACACAGGGGAGAAGCCACAUAAAUGCAUGGAAUGUGGAGAAAGCUUCCAUCAGAGUGGCAGUCUACGUUCCCAUCAAAGGACAGACACAGGGGAGAAGCCAUAUAAAUGCAUAGAAUGUGGAAAGAGCUUCAGUCACAGUGGUAGUCUACGUUUCCAUCAAAGGACCCACACAGGGGAGAAGCCACAUAAAUGCAUAGAAUGUGGAAAGAGCUUCAGUCACAGCAAAACUCUGCAUAUCCAUCAACGGACCCACACAGGGGAGAAGCCACAUAAGUGCAUAGAAUGUGGAGAAAGCUUCAGUCGGAGAGACAAACUACGUUCCCAUCAAAGGACCCACACAGGGGAGAAGCCACACAAAUGCAUAGAAUGUGGAAAGAGCUUUAGUCGGAGUGACCGUCUACGUUCCCAUCAAAGGACCCACACGGGAGAAGCCACAUGAAUGUACAUAAUGUGGAAAGAGCUUUCGAGAAAGUUCAGCAUACAUUAGACAUCACAGAACUCAUGCGCCGCUAGAGGAGACGGGCCUUUGAGUUUCUGAGCUCUCUUCAAAAGAACAUUGGAAGGAAAGAGGAAGGCCACCCCCUUGCUGUCUCUCUACCAUGAACUGCAGUUUGCUGCUGACAGGUCUCACUCAGAGGGGGACUUUUCUCAGCAAGAUUUGAAGGCAUUCACCUAACCUCCUCCACAAGGAAACCCAUCACAGGCUUCUAGGAUGGUCUGUGAAGGUUUGCUGAAAUGAGCAGAAGCUGAGAUCUCUGGAUAAAAAGGGUUCUGAAAAAGAAUAGCUCUUUGGUAGCAGAUUACGUCAUAUCUUGAUACGCUUGUCUCAUGUCUUGGCUCUACUGCCCCUCGGUUAGAAUUUUGGGCUCCAGCCAUGUACUUGUAACCCUUUUCUGGACUUUGUUGUGUCCUGAAUCGUUGACUAAAUUCUGGACUGACUGCCUGGUUUCAUUUAUGAACCAGGAUUUUGUUUGUAUCCCUGACUUUUUGAGUUGUCUUUGAGAAUUCUGUUUGUACUCUUGAUUUUUUGGUUGUUAUUUUAUCAUCUCUGUCGAAUGAACUCUGGGCAUGUGACUAUUGGACUGUUACCUUGGCUAUUGUUUUUUCUUGCUCCUGACCUGGAUCUGCCGUUCUUGACAUGUCUGCAUUAAUUGGGCUCUUGACCUUGACUUGUGUUCACUGUUACUCCGACUGUGUUGAUGCAAUCAUAUUAUUUUAGCAGGACUCAAGAUUUUAAAGGUAAAGGAUUUAAAGUUUCAAUGUAAAGACUCAAGUCUUGAAAGGUAUGGUCUUGGCUUACCUUGUGUUCCUCAGACCUUAUACCGGGAGAGCCCUGGUACACGAGACCAUCAGUCUUGCUUUGUGUGUACUAAUCCCUGCUUAGAGUGAACCCAUUUCUGUAUUUGAGACUGUUUAAUCACCACCUUUGGCAAAGGGUCCAUUACGAUACACUGCAUAUCUCCCUAACUGUAUGGAAUGGAAGACAAAGAAUGAUCACAACAGAUGAUGCAGAUUGAUGAUGAUGAUGGUGAUGAUAAUGAUAAUGAUGAUACUUUAUUUGUAACCUAUCUCCCCAAGGGGACUCAGGGCGGUUUCCAGGAAGUAACAAAAUGGCAAACAUUCAAUGCCACAAUGUCAAAAACAAUAGAUAUGACAAUCUCAAUAUAACCCUAUGAACGAAACUAAAAAAAAUAACCAAAUAUUGAAACGGAAACAUAAUCUCACACAUUUACCAUGGUAAAAUCCUACAUGUUUCACAUAAGGUAGUUUACGGCUUCCCAGGAGCUGAGGUAGGUGUCCAAUAUCUGGGCAAGGAUAUUUAUAUGAUGUAGUAGUCCUCCUCCUCUCCAUAAGCUAAAGUGCAUAAAUGGCUUUUUAAAAGCUUUUUGAAGGAGAGGAGAGGGGGCCAUUCUUAGUUCUUUAGGGAGGGAGUUCCAGAGACAAGGGGCGAUCUCAGAGAAGGCCCCUCUCUUGUCCCCCCACAACCGAGGUUGGGACAGGAGUGGGACCGAGAAGAGGGUCUCUGCAGACCACUGCACCCACGCUGGUUUAUUUAUGGAGAUGCCAUUUUUCAAAAACUCUGGACCUGAAAUGCUUAGGGCAUUAUAGGUAAUAACCAGCACUUUGUAUUAAGCCCAGGAGCGUAUGGGCAGACAGUGGUUCGUUCCCUUUAUGGUGCUCCAGAAAUUAACCUGGUUGCGGAUCUCUGAAGAAUUGAAGCUUCCGAACUAUCUUCAAAGGCAGCCCCAUGUAGAGAGCGUGGCAGUGGUCCAGGUUGGAUGUAACUGGACUCAUUAAUCCGUUGAGAUGGACAAAUUAACUAAAUGGAUGAAAUAUAGAACAGCAUUUAGAGGAAUAGAGGUAAAAAUCGUAUAGUGAAUGAGAUGUUUAUAGACUAGUGUUCGUUGUCCGUUAGUUUUGAUCUUAUUGUACAAGACGUGUGUCCUUGUUCGCUUUAUAUUUGGUUAAGUAGUACUUCUAAAAAUGGACCAAAAUGAUAAUUUGUGUAAAAAUAAAUAAAUACCUAAAUUGUAAUUUGCAUAAGCAUGCUUUGUUUUGUUUCUGUUGUUUUUUGUCUUUGAAUAAAAAUGGUUUAUUCUAUGAAGUGUGAUACAUCAGCUUUAAAAAGCCAACGUGAUUCUAGGCUGUACCAAUGGGAGGGUGAUGUCUAGAUCCGGGUCAGUUUUAGUCGACUCUCUUCUACACUUUGGUCAGACCUGCCCUGGAAUAACCCUGUGUCCAGAUCUGAGCAGCGCAAUUCAAGCAAGAGUUCGAGAUGCUAGAAUGUCUCCAGAGAAGGGCUCCAGGGAAUGGCUGAGGGAGAUUGAUGUGUUCAGUCUGGAGGGGAAAAAAAAGGCUGAGGGGACAGGAGAGCCAAUAUUUGGAAGGUUGUCCCUUUGAGGAGAAAAGGGCAAGUGUUUCCUGCUUCUCUGGAGACAAAAUACAAAGCAACUGAUUCCCAUUGCAGGAAAGAAGCUUCCACCUAAACAUUAGGAAGCAUUUCUCAAUGGUAAGAGCUGUUCAGCCAUGGAAGCCUUGUCCCUUCUCAGGAGCCUCCCUUCCCAAGCCCUGGCCUUCCACCUCCUGGGGACUCCAUGUCCCAGAAUCCCUGACCUUGGACCAAGAGAGCUUGGGCUCCUGGGUGUUGAAGCCCAAGAAAUCCCAGAGGAAUAGAGUUUGGGAAUCCUUGCUCCAGAGAGUGGAGGGAAUUGCUCUCUUGGACUACAACUCCCAUAAACACUAUAAAAAGACCUGGCAUGGGGGUUGUAGGACCCUGGGAGUUGUAGUCCAAGACAAAUAUGUCUCCCAAGUCCUUGCAAUUAAAGGCUUUCUUUCUCAUGGUGUCGAAUGUGUUUGUGUUCAUCCAUAUAGAGAAGGGUUUAGAAAGAAACAAGGAGAAUGUGCAUUGAGUAUCUGCCACGACUUUAAUGUUUACUUGUCAUUCUGAUGGCAGUGGUUGAUCAGGUAUAUAUUAAUCCAAUGUCCACAAUGUAAUAAAGAAUCCUAUGUUAUUAUCUCCCAUAAUCUCCCAUAAUCCUUCCCCACAGGAAGACCUAAGGAGGCCAGAUAAAGAGAGACCCUGGUUGUUUAUAGAUUUUGGGAAUUUGGGUUGUUUUGGGUCUUAGGCCUCCUGAGGAGAGAGGGCCCAGAUGCCCUUCUCAUUGGAUUCCCACGUCCUCUCUUUUUGAGGUGAUUUCAGUAGAGACCACAUAUAGUGAGUCUAUACCUGGUGAGGCUCCACUAAAUCAGAUCGGCCCGGACAGAGAACAAAGUUAUCUGGGUUUGAAAGCAAAGAAGAUGACUUUCAAUCCACUUGCACAGGUAUAAAGUGCUAAACGGUUCCGGCCCAGCUUACUUGUCCGAACGUGUCUCCCGCUAUGACCCAUCACGGAAUCUAAGAUCUUCCAGGGAGGCCCUGCUCUCGGUUCACAGGUGCGGCUGGCGGGGAUGAGGGACAGGGCCUUUUCAGUGGUGGCCCCCCGCCUAUGGAACACCCUCCCAAACAAAAUUAGACAGGCUCCCGCCCUCCUGUCUUUCUGAAAGAGAACAAAAACGUGGUUAUGGGAGCAGGCAUUUGAGCAUGAGUAGCAGCAGAAUCGCGAUAUGAAUAUAUGACUCCUUGACAGACCCCCACCUGGACAUGAAAAGCACCUUAAAUGUAUAUUUAAAUGUACAAUGAUGCAGGUUUUUAAGGUAUAUUUUAAUUUUUAUUGUAAUUUUUUAAUCUUGGAAGACUUUUAAUCUGAUGUAAACUGUGUUUCUGAUGUAUAUUGUAAGCCGCUCUGAGUCCCCUGAUGGGUGAGAAGGGCGGGGUAGAAAUGAUGUAAUAAUAAAUCAAUCAAUAUCCAGA